AUGGGUCCAGCGCCGCUUGUUGGAACAUUGCAAAGUCUUCCCUCGACAUCUGCACAGUCAGAAACCAAUAUUCUACCACCAAAAGCUCCUGAACGGCACACCGAUGCCGGUGCAGUCCCCUUUGCCACUCCAACACCCGUCGUGGCCGACGCGUCGAUGAGCUUUCAACUAGACUUUGGAAAGAAGGGACGAAAAUCCAAUGGAAUCCUUGGACUGACGCCAAAUUCGUCUAUGCUGCUCGCAUCACCAUUAGGUUCAUCGCCAAUGGCGAGGCGAGGUCAGGAAAGUGUAGGAAGACGAGGAAGAAGUCGUUCUACUCGACGAGAAUCACUACUGAGGAACGGCGCUACUAGUGGCGAUACAAGUCGUCCUGCCUUUCGAACUCCCAGCAAUCCCAAAGGCUUGUACACAGAAGAGGAUUCAUUGCUUGAUACGUCCAUAAAUCACAGUCCAGACAAAUCGGCGAGCGAUGUCUACCUAGAAACCGUCAAGUCGGAACCUGUAGGAUUCACUUCCAUCGGCUCCAUCGAGGAAUCAGAAUUCACUGCUAGUGACGAAGAGGAUGAAGAAGAAUGGACUCUCGUUGAUCGAAUGAGACUAUGGCGGCACGAUGCGAUGACCCAGCAUUUAUACGAAACGGCGGCUUUCUGGGGCGACAAGGUGCUCACAUGGACAAAUGAUCCUAGCGACGCAUUUUGGCUCGCCCAAGUUCAUUUUCAAACUGGAGAAUACGCCCGAGCAGAGCGUCUCCUAACUAAACCCUUUACGAUAACACAGUCGUCAGAAUCGGAUGAGGAUGGAGAAGAAGAGGAAGAACCAGGAGAACAAAAACUAGCUUCGGCUUCGUUUGGUCUCGGGUUGGGGCUAGGGAGCCAGGGCUCUCAACCGUUUGUCACACCAUACCACGCCCAGCAUCGUCACACCUUGAGGGGUCUCCAAGACGACCCUUUCCUGGCUUCGACGCGUCCGACAAACUUUACGUUCAAACUCCCAAUGUCAACAGCCGUUCCACGCCUACAACUUCCAGGAAGAGAGAACAGGUCCAAGGGAGAUGUCUUACCCAAACCCAAUCUUGACUCGUCUUUUACGUUUGAUGGUCCGCAGUCGAUGAAGCAAGUCAUCGAUUUGGAUACAAUGGACGACAUGGACCACGGAAGAAAACUGGAAGAAGCCAGAGCAGAGAGGUUUGCACUCACGGGCGAGCUUGAGCCACUGCACGAACCUGGAGAUGUUUCGGGGAUACAAGGCACCCAGGGAGCCAAACCGACCCGGUUAGUCGACGUCAGCGUCAUGUGUCGGUAUCUAGCCGCGCAGUGUCAAGUCCGUCUGGGCAAAUGGACAGAAGCUCUCGAGGUACUAGGCGAGGAGAACCCGUUUCGAGAUACCUCUGAAUCGGGCGCACAUGUCGCGAAUCGUGAUGGGGGUUUAAAGCUCGAAGCCUCGAUGUGCUAUUUGCGCGGUAUUCUCUAUAUGCGCCUUAAUCGGAGCGAAAGAGCCAAACAAAACUUCUUGGAGGCUCUGGCAUUGGACAUAAAGUGUUUCGAGGCUUAUAACAUGCUCGUUCAAUGUCAGAUGCUGACAGUAGACGAAGAGUGGGAGUUGAUUCAAGGGCUGAAGUACAAGGAACAAACUCCAGAGGACGCCGACUUUAUACGGCUAAUGUACACAGUCCGUCUCAAAAAGAUCAAGCAUUCCGAAGAAAUAUCACAGGCUCGAAGGCAGCUUACCGACGAAUUUGAUCUCGGACAGAACUGUGAUAUACUUUACACACUCGCGGAUUCUCUUUAUACACAACUGCGGUUCGUCGACGCAUUCGUUGUUACUUCUCGCAUCUUGGAUAUCUCGACUAUACAUCUACCGACGCUUCCCAUUCACAUUGCAUGCAUGUAUCAUCUGCGACAUCUUCACUCGCGACUAUUUAUCCUGGCACACGAACUCGUCGAUAAAGAGCCUGAAUCGCCAAUGAGUUGGUACGCUGUCGGCAUCUACUAUCUUGUCAUCUCCAAAUGGCGAGAAGCAAAGCAGUAUCUCAGUAAAUCCACCAUCAUGGACCCUCGACAUGCACCCGGAUGGGUGGCAUUUGCACAUACGUUUGCCAAGGAAGGUGAACAUGAGCAUGCCAUUACAGCGUACUCGACUUGUGCGCGGCUCUUCAAAGGGUCACAUUUGCCGCAUUUGUUCAUCGGGAUGGAGCAAAUCACACUUUCUCAUCUAAACCUAGCUGCAGACGCGCUGAAAACUGCACAGUCCAUGUGCGAUUCGGACCCUCUUGUCUAUAACGAGCAAGGCGUCGUUGAGUACCUCGAGGGAAACUAUCUCGAUGCAGUAAUGUUCUUUGAGAAGGCGCUCGAGUUAGCAAAAGUCUCGCAAGCAUCAGAGCAAUAUUGGCUAGCAACCUAUUGCAACCUGGGAACUGCUCACCGCAAACUGGGACACUUUGCAGAGGCAGAGAAAGCGUACGAAAAGGUUCUCACCGUCGAACCGAGGCACGCCAACGCGCUGGCAUCGUUAGGGAUGGUUUAUCACAUGCAGAUGGACUAUCAUCAGGCCAUUCAGCGCUACCACGAAGCUCUGAGCAUUGAACCGUUGAAUGCAAACGUCCUCGAGCUCUUGAAUAUGGCGUUAGCCACGGGGGCAUCGAUGCCGUUGAAACUGCCUGUUCUAGAACAGAAGAUUGCAGAGCUCACUCAGUCUACAGCAGACAAGGAGGUCGAGUACUUGCGGAAAGCAGUAGACGAAGAAGCGAAUCCUACCGAGCGAGUUUCGUGGGAUAAACCAUUUGGAGAAGGGUCAGCUUGGAUGGUUUGA